AUGAGCGAGUUAACUCUAAUGAGAUCUCACGAAGGGGACAAAGCUUCAGAACCAGAACUGAACAAACUACUCAAGAUGAGUGAGUUCCCUAUGUGGCCAAUAGGCAAACAGAUCAGCAUGGCCGAUUGUCGUGAUACAAUUGAGUUUGUAUCUGUAGCCAAAGACUUGUUUGCGGGCACAAACAUGCCGUUGAUACAGUACCUCUCACUAGUACAAGAACUACUCAGACAGACAGAUGCCACUGAAGUAUCGCGCACUGCACUCAACAAUAUACGUAGUACCAAGCAGCUUUGGCAAGACUUCACUGAUGUGAAGGACUACAACAUAUUAGUCAUUGACAACCUACGUCGCACUCCAAUAGACUACCUACUGGAGAAGUGGCUCAACGACUUCUAUGACACUCGUAUGAAUGUCGAAGUACGAGCAGCACGGCUACGUCACACAAUGUUUGAGUUAGAGAAACGUUACAAGGGCACAGAGCGAGAGGCUAUCAAUUGGCUACUCCUCAAAGCAUCACGUUACCAGGUACUGGUCAUGUCUGGUUUGCAAGCGGAAACAGACAAGAUAAUCAAGGCUCAAACAAAACCAGACGGGAGUAGUAGGCACUUAUCUGACAUCUCAGAGAAGGUAUUUCAUGAACUCACCGAAGACAUGAUCAGACAAUCAACAAUAACACAAGCUAAUCGCAAACGUGAAGCCAAGCGAGCGAAGAAUGCACUAGCGUAUGAACCACUCGUCACUCGCCCAAGACUGGAAAUACUUCAGGGGGGCCCUCCCAGAGGGGGAGGAGCAACAAGCUGUGGAGGCGCACCGAGAGGUGGAGGUCCACCAGGAGAGCAAGUCAGAGGCCGUCCCAUAGGACAGGCCACGGAUACACCAGCACCACGAGGUCCACGACCGUGCCCACACUGUGGUGCCAACCCCUCACCACAUGCGUUCAGCAAGUGCCCCAACAAGGUGAACAGCAAUCGUCUAAAGGCAGAAGCUCGAGCAGCGCAACAGAAUCAAACUGUCCAUGUUGACCAGUUGGCCAUUACCAAUGGCAACAAGGUGAAAGAGAUAGAGAUGGAUGAAGAGCUUUGA